AUGAGCGCGGCGAAAAUCACGCUGAUCCGGAAGUCGGACCUGGACCGCAUGGAGUCCCGCCUGCGCGAGCAGCCGUCGAGGGACGCGCACGAGCGAGCACGACUCAAGCAGCUCUCCGACGACAAGGUCGCCAAGUGGCCGAACACGAUCCAGGCGGAGCGCGCCAGGAAGGAGAGGGAGCGCGAGGAGCGCGCUGCGCGAGAGGAGAAGCGCAAGCAGGAGAUUGACCGCGCGCAGGCCGUGAUGGUGGAGGAGGACCGCCGGAAGCAGAUUACCAGGGCCAAGGGCCUGCUCUUCGACCAGCAAGACAAGGUCAAGGCACUGCACUCGAAAGUGCUCCUCUCCGACGUGCUCGCCGAGCGGGAGCUCCAGAUCCAGCACUCGAGGAAGAUCAAGGAACUAGAUAAGGAGGACGAGCAGAAGUACGUCGCGAUGCAGCGCGAGGCCAUCGAGAUGGCGGAGGAGGCGGAGCUCGCCAAGCUGGAGGCACACAAGGGGCGGCUCAUGCAGCAGCGGGAGGCGCAGCUGCAGCAGCUGGAGGCGCUGAAGCAGAAGAUCGUCCGCGAGAAGGAGGACAAGCUCGCGGAGGGCCAGAUGGUGCGCCAGAAGGCCGAGCAGGAGGCCGCGGAGAUGCGCGAGAUGGAGAAACGCCGACAGGAGCGCGCCGAGCAAGCGGCGUACGAGACGAUGCUGGCGAACCAGGCCCUCGAGGCGUUCAAGGCGCGCGAGGCCGUGCGGGAGCAGGAGCGCGAGCGGGCGAUUCUGGAGUACAGGAAGCAGAAGGAGGAGUGGGAGGAGUCGCUACGGCAGCAGGCCGAGGAGAAGCGCACGCGGCGGCUGCGGGACGCCGAGAAGCUCGCCGAGAAGAUGGAGACGGUCUUCAAGGCCGCGCAGGCGCAGAGCCACCGCAAGCUGCUCGCGGACGUCAAGCGGAUGGACGAGGCCCGCGAGGAGGACGAGCGUCAGCGCCGCGAGCGUCAGCAGAAGAUCCAAGCCGAGAUCGAGGCCGCGAACGCGCAGCAGCUCGCCGACAAGAAGGCCAGGGCCGAGGUGGCGAAGCAGCGCGACGUCGAGGAGCGCGAGCGUCUGCAGAAGCGCGCCGAGGACGAGAAGCGCGAGGCGCAGGAGGCGGUGGAGCGCGUCGCAGCGCGCAACCGGCGGCACCAGGCGCUCUUGGUGCGGCAGAUGGAGCAGAAGCAGCGCAGGAGGGAGGCGGCGAGGAUGCAGGCGGAGGUGGACAAUAUGCUGCAGACGACGGGCGCGGACGAGGAGCAGUUCGAGCAGUACGCGCAGGAGGUGUUGGGGGAGUUGGAGAGCGCGGGGCGGAACACGCUGCCGGUGCGGACGCUCCUGAACGCGCGGCAGGGCGUGGAGCACUGGGGCACGACGAAGCGGGCGUGA